UUCCCUCCAUUUUUUUAGUCCAUAUCUGUUUUUACAGCAUUCCCAAUGUUUAUCAUAUGUAAAUACUCUCAACUUCAGGCUUUCCAUGUUAAGACUUGUUCUUGAAAAAAUAAUACAGCAGGAAACUAAAUGGGAAAGGUGGUUUGGCCUUGAAGAUUUCGCUGUUGAAGCAGAACAAUCAAUUAUUCUCCUCUGGAUCUUUUUGGCUGUAGAGUGUAGAUAAGGAUAGCUAAUAAGCAACAAAACUAUUAAUGGGAAAAUGAUAGUCUGUUCCUUCGUUUCUCUAUUAACCAUAAGGAUUUUGAACCAUAGGUUCCAACAUUUCAUAUAACCUUCCCAUAUUCCCCUGUACUGUGACCCAAUAAGCAUUUGGAGCAAACCAGAGCAUUAAGUCAGUGGGGAGAGGAAUAUCUAUAAAGGCUUUACCAGAACACCAAUCAUCCUCCCAAAAUCUCACUUUUGCCACUUAAUCUCUUAAAUUCUGUGUAUGGGAAAAUGAUUGAACACAACAAUAAGUUUGUUUUGAUAUUGGUCUGAGUAGCUAUAAGGGACCACAAUAUGCCCUCACAUUAGGAAUUUUGUAUUAUUUUUGUGUCUUUGUGAAGAUAUAUUUGAACACUGCUAUGUCCAUUUGAUCAAGCUUCAAACACCAUCAUAAGAUAGUGUUAGACCUCCUAUUAGAUUUCAAUAUAGUAGGAGAAAGAAAGGGAAGUCACACGUGUGAAGCGUGUGAAGAAGGGCAGCCAAUCAGUUAGUGGUUAAGUUGGUUAAUACUAGUAUAAAUAGUAGUUAGUCUGGGGGGAAGAAGUUAGUUAGCUUGUGAAAGAAUUCUAGCAUUGGCUUGUUACUUCUUGAGAGAUAGAAGAACAAGAGAGAUUGUAAUUUUGAAUUGAGUUUUACUCCAUUCUAUUCUGCUGUAACUCCUAUUCCAUAUAUCAAUAAAGAUUGAAGUUCUUCCCAACUAGAUCAAGUUCUAUCAUUUUGGUAUCAUAGCACGAUUCUGGAAAAACGCUCGGCCAUGGUGCUGACACGAAUUGAAGAACGAAUGGAAGUGUUCGAUCUGGAAAUCGCCGGACUAAAAAAGGAGCUGAGUAAAAUGCCGGUGAUUAAUGCAAGCUUGAGUGAGAUUAUGAAGAACUUAGAACUGAUGCGUUUCCAAACUGAGAAACAACAGCAAGUACUUCUGAUGUUCAUGGAGUCGAAUGCGAAGGAACGCUCGAUGAUGAGUGAGCGAUUGACUGAAUCAGCAGUACGCGAUAAAUCAACAACGAAAGGAAAAAAAAAUGAAGCAACUUCCAGCUGUGAUAUCGGAGCAGACCGAAAUAUCGGAGAAGGUCGAAACGAGAGGAAAUCCGAUAAUGAUGAAAAUGCUGGAGAUCGGAACAAGUUUAAGAAGGUCAAAAUGCCAAUAUUCAAUGGAGAAGAUCUUGAUUCGUGGUUAUUUCGCGUUGAAAGCGUGAACGUAUCAUUAUUCUAUUGUCAGGUCAUACCUAUGGCUGCAACAGACAAUUAUAAAUUGGUGGAGGAACUAAUAGACCACAUGUCUGGCAUCGAUGAAAAACAGCUGGUGUUGUAUGCUCAGAUGGGAACUCUGGUGAAUUUGAUUUUGCAGUGGCCUGAAAUGAACGUAAAAGAGAUAGCAGUGAACUUUUCCAAGCUUGCAUGUAAUGCACAUACCAUAUGUGACAGUGAACUUAGACCAUUGGGGACUGGACUAUAUCCUGUAAUCUCUAUUAUAAACCAUAGCUGCUUGCCCAAUGCUGUUUUGGUAUUUGAGGGAAGAUCUGCUGUGGUUCGUGCUGUGCAACAUAUACCACCAGGUGCUGAGGUGUCAAUAAGUUAUAUAGAAACUGCUGGAAGCACUAUGACUCGGCAGAAGACUCUUAAAGAAAACUACUUAUUCACUUGCACAUGCUCUCGAUGUGUUAAAGCUCAAGAAGAUGAAAUCAAAGAAAGCGCAAUUUUGGAGGGCUACAGGUGCACAAAUGACCAAUGUGCUGGCUUCCUGCUCCGCAACUCAGAUGACACUGGAUUCACAUGCCAGCAAUGUGGACUUGUUCGAAGUAAGGAGGAUAUAAAAAAUAUUGCUAGUCAAAUAAAAUCAAUAUCAGAUGAAGCUUCUACUUCUAUGUCUUCUCAAAAUUACGCAGAAGCUUUAUUUAUGCAUGAAAAAGUUGAGAAACUCCAAAAGAUAUUAUGCCAUCCUUAUUCCAUCAGUUUGAUGCAAACUCGAGAAAAGCUUCUCAAGAUUUCGAUGGAGCUAGAAAAUUGGACAAAAGCUCUAACAUACUGCAAAUUGACAAUUUCAGUCUAUCAGAAACUAUACCCUGGGAUCCAUCCGUUGCUUGGAUUGCAGUUCUACACUUGUGGGAAAUUGGAAUGGUUGGUAGUGCACCAAGAUGUAUCAUUUACUAGUCCUUCCCUUUUGUUACUUGGGCAUACCGAGGAUUCUCUAAAAUCUUAUACAAAGGCAUUUGAUAUUCUGCGAAUUACUCAUGGAACUAAUUCAAGUUUCAUGAAGGAACUGCUGCAAAAGUUGGAGGAAGCUCGUGCUGAAGCUUCUUAUAAACGCUCAUCUAUUGAUGAUGAGUAGAUCCACUGUUCACUUCUAACUUCUAAGGAAGGGGUAAGUUCAGACCCACACUUCACAUAAAGCCCUUCUGGGCUCCACCUAUGUACUUAAUAUGAGCUCAAUCGUUUACGACUUGGCUGUAUAUGGUGAAUUGUAACUCCCAUGGGGUUCAGCGGUGAAAUUAGAAAUGGUUUGUUUUUCAUUUAAAACUACAUUAUCUUUUUUAAGGGGCAAUUGCAAAAAUGUCAAAUUGCUUUGGUAAAA